GGUGCUGCCGCCCCAGCGCUCCCCCGGCGCUCCCAGGCCAUGGCGGCGCGGGGCCGCUGCCCCGAGUGCGGCUCGGGGUCCCUGGUGGAGGACGCGCACUACGCGCAGCAGCAGCUGGUCUGCGCCGCCUGCGGCUGCGUCCUGUCCGAGGGGCUGCUCACCACCACCUACAGCGACGAGGAGCAUCUGCGGGAGGUCGCCUAUUCCCAGAGCACUGGCCAGAAGGAGCAGGUCAGCCGCUGCCUGCAGCGAGGGAUCCGGCGGGUGCAGGACCUGUGCAAGGUGCUGCAGCUCCCGGCGGCGUUCGAGGAGACGGCCGUGUCCUACUUCCAGCGGGCUCUGCAGCUGCCUGCCUUCCGCCUGGCCAGCCUGGAGAAGAAGGAGCUGCUGGGGGGAUGCUGCGUGUUCGUGACGUGCCGCCAGCGCAGCUGGCCCCUGACCAUGGGCACCGUCUGCUCCCUGCUCUACGCCAGGCACGACCUGUUUGCCAGUGUCUACCUCAGCCUGCAGAAGGAGCUGGGGCUCUCGGUGCCCGCCCUGAGCCUGGCAGACCUGGUGACAACACACCUCAACAGCUUCCGGCUGCUCCAGCCCACAGCCAACGUCCCUGCAGCGUUCCUGGAGGACAAGGAGCAGCUGCUGGCCCGGACCAUGGCCAUUGUGGAGCUGGCCAGCCAGACGUGGCUGGUGACAGGCCGGCACCCCGUGCCCAUCGUCACGGCCGCCGCCUUCCUGGCCUGGCAGUCGCUGCGGCCCGGCCCGCGCCUCUCCUGCCCCUUGGCGCGGUUCUGCCGCCUGGCAGGGGUGGAUCUGCCCCCCCCCGCCCACCUCAGGCUGAAGGAGCUGCUGGAGAUCCUGCUGGGAAUGGCCUCCCAGCUCUCCUGGCUGCGCGGCUUCGCCUUGGACAGGAAGAUGGUGGUGAAGCACAUCGGGGACCUGCUGCAGCACCGCGUGUUCCUGCUGAAAAACGCCUUCAGCCAGCAUGGGGAGGAGCAGCAGGACCCGGCCCCAGGCCAGGGCUGCCCCAGCCAGGGCUCUGUGGGCUUGGGCUCCCCGGGUAAGGACUGCCUGGAUAAGGGAUCCCCAGGCCAGGACUCUAUGGGCCCGAGCUCUCUGGAUAAAGGCUCCCCAGAUAAGGGAUCCCUGGAUAGAGGUUCCCCAGAUAAGGGAUCCUUGUCCCAGGGCUCUGUGGGCUUGAGCUCCCUGGAUAAGGACUCCCCAGGUAAGGAUUCCCUGGAUAAGGGAUCCUCAUCCCAGGGCUCUGUGGGUCUGAGCUCCCUGGAUAAGGAUUCCUCAAAUAAGGGCUCCCUGAAUAAAGGCUCCCCAGAUAAGGGAUGCCCAGGCCAGGACUCUGUGGGCUCGAGAUCCCUGAAUAAGGGCUCUCCCAGCUCUCCUCCAGGAGCACAGCAGCAGGGCCGUCCCUGGGCAGGGCCAGCCCGGUGUGGGGGUACCCUGAGGCCCCUGCUGCCCCCCUGCCUCCUGCACCCCAGGAAGAGGCUGCGCUCAGCAGCUCCGAGCGCUGCGGCCACCACAGGCGAUGAGCCCAUCUUGGACAGCGAGAUCGAGCAGUACCUGCGCAGCCCCGAGGAGAUCCGUGCCCUCAGCAAGGCCAGGGCCUGCCUGUGAGCGGGCCAGGGACACUUCUGGGACCAAAAGCAUGAAGGCCACCAAGGACAGUGAUUGUGCUGCAGAGACAGUCACCCAGAGAAUGAUGUUGUGGGGAGGGAGGACCCUCCUUAAUGUGCUGGACCAAAAUGGGGCUUUUUAUGGAGGGACAGCUUCAGGUCAUGAUACAUUUCUGUUACAAAUAAAAGUGCAGGUGCCAGGUUUUCCAAGGCAGUCUCACCUUGGACUACUUCAGCAAAGGGUCAAAAAACUGCAGGCCAGGCUGUAUUUGAACAUGAAGUCUGAGAGAAAUUACAGUAGAUCUUGGCAGAUU